UUAUACAAAUCUCAUCCUAUUUACUCUGCUGCUGAGCAUUGUGGUUUAGUCGUUUAAACCAGCAGCAGCAAAUGGUAGUUGAGCUUCGUACAUUUGUGUGUACGAGAUAGGUAAAUAGAGAGAAGAGAUGCAAAUAAAAAUAGUUGGAUGCAAACCCUCGCAAUUUUCCUGUUAGUUAGUUAGUUACUUGUGUAUAUUAUUAUUAUGGUGUGUGUCCGUUGUUCUUCGUCGUCGUCGGUUUGCUAAAUACGUUUAGUUUUGCAUUUUGCAUCUCUUCGUCUUCUUUUGCACGGAGGAGGUGCAUGGUUGUGAGAGACACGUAGAAUUAUUGAUAUUUUUAUUUUUAUUUGUGAGACGGAGACAAAACAUGGACUUUUGUGAAUAGAGGACGAGAGAGCCCUAGGUUUAGUAAAAAAAAAAGGAACCUUAAUAAUAACAAAAUAGUGGAAGAAAUCACUAUCCGAGGCUCCCUGUCCUUCUAGUCACACAACCGAACGAACGAGAAAAAGGACCCAAGGGACCCACUUUUCAACGUAAAGUUCGUCUUGCCACAGUCGGAGAGGAUUGGAUCGCACAACCAGAGAGACGACGACGACUUUUUUAAUUGGCAUAAUUAACUAACUAACUAACCUUCAAAUUUCGAGUUAUUCAGCGUCGAGUGGUUCCCACUUCUACCCUUUCUCGGGGGGGUUUUUCUUACAAGGAUAACAGGAAAUCAUCAAGAGCAGCCAUGAUUGCCUACUUCCUCUCAAAGCUCAUCAUGAUUUUCUACGGCAUGCUCUACCCUGCGUACUGUUCGUACAAAGCUGUGAAGACCAAAGAUGUCAAAGAGUAUGUUCAUUGGAUGAUGUACUGGAUCGUGUUUUCAAUCUUCAGCGUCUUUGAAGUUUUUGCUGAUACGUUUGUAGGCUUGUGGUUUCCGUUUUACUACGAAAUCAAGAUCCUGUUCAUGAUCUGGCUACUUUCUCCGACCACGCGGGGAGGUAGUACUUUGUAUCGGCGGUUUGUUCACCCAUUCUUCACCAAACAUGAACCUGAAAUUGAUGGAUAUCUUACCGAGUUCAAGCUCCGAACAUCCAGUCUGAUUGUACAAUGGGGUACAAAAGCAUUUUCGUACGCUACCAAUUUCAUUACGACACAGGUGCUCAGGGGUGGACUUACUGACCAAACCAUGAUGACAGUAACCAAAAGUUACAGCUAUGAAAAUUUCGGUGCGUCAGCCGACAUGAAUCGGAACAAUUACCCUAUUCUUCCUCCUAUGGAUGAGCUUGAUAAUGGUCGAGUUGAACUGCCUUCCGAUAUGGACACUGCAUUUACCCGUGAGCGACCAGCCCCACGCCAACGCAAUUUGUACACCUCUACCAAUUUCUACGGCUCUGUAGAUGAGCAGCUUGGAAGAAUGGCCGAAAUUUCAAAGCCCUACUCCAUGAUGGAUUUGACUGAACAAGACGAUGAGCCCAUGCCUCCACCCAAAGUUCGCUCCGGCUCACGAAAGAAGAAAGAGUUUGGGAAGUUUUCGGUCAUAGCUGGACCGGAGAUGGGUGGAAUGCCCGUUGUGUUCUGGGGUCAUCCUGACAUGACCAGUCCAAUAAUGUCUACACCAUUUUCUCCUCAAGAGUUUUCACGCAUACCUUUCCAAUUUCAUGGAGGAAACCAAAUUUUAUGCGCUCCAGCACUAAUGAAAAAGCAACAAACAGGCUUCCAACAUUUUCAAGAAACUUUAACUCAUAUAACUGACGACGAGGAUGAAAGCGAAAGUGACAGUAGCAGUGAGAGUUUUUUUGAUUGUGACAGUGACAACCAUUCUAAAAAGGAUAAGAUCGGAAGUAGCAGUGGUAGCGAUGGACGUUCAUCCGUAACACCUAAAGUUCAUGUUGUUUCUAAAACCGUACUUAAAGAAUUUGUUGGUAGUGAGCCCUCCUCCUCUUCUUCCGCUGUGCCAUUGAGGAAAAAGAGGUCAGCGGAUCCCCAGCAGCAGCAGCAGGGCCUUACUCCUAGUAAUAGUGGUACAUUUCAAAAACGAAACUCGGCGUCCUCCUUAGACAGUCUUGACAGUAGUGGUGGUACUGCUAGUGCUAAACCUAAAGUAAAAAAAAGUUUGAGCCAACAUGAACCGAAAUUUGUGAAAGCUCCCAUUUUAUCAUCGUCCUCAUUCAGUCGAGUUUUUAGCCCCUUUUCACCCACUGUGAAAAAAGGGAGCAGUCCAACUCCAAGUAGUAGCAAUCGAAACUCGAAGGAAUACUAGUUUUCAAUCAGAGUCAGAGUCAAUGUUAGCGUGGGUGCUGAUGCAAUUAAUUAUUACGUAUUACGCAAUUCAAGAAAACUUGUACGGAACCCUUCCUCGAACCAAGCGAACCAAUCGACGAACUACUAAGCAGCAAUAAGACUUAUUUCUCCAUCCUCUUUAUAAAUACUCCGUCCGAUCCAUUACAUACACAAAGCAACAAAAAAAACUAGCACAAUAAGUGUUAAGAACCGUCCUUCAAGUGCCUUGUUGAUUCUCACUAAUUUCUCAAUUAUUUAUUUGAGUGUAGAUAGAUACACAGUCCAAAAUUGUUAUACGCAACUCUCGACUGUUGUGAUAUGUGAUAUUACUUAUACAAUACUGAUGCUAACAUCGUUCAACCCGCACCGAUUUCUAAUACCAUUUGUACCCACGAUAAAGCGAUAACAAAUUUUUAUGUAUAUCAAUAAAAGGCGAUUCGUCAAGUUAGCUUUUUAAAGAAAGAACUGUUCAUAGGAUUAGUCAAUGCGUGCUUGAUUUUUUUGCAGAAUCUCAUCUGUCAUAAAUGAAUACCAAGCAGAUCGCGAUUUCUUAUCGUAGUACAAAAAAAUUAGGCAAUGCCAGACUAGCAGAAAGUAUAGCAAGCAACAAUCGAUGAUGAUGAUGCAUCAUCAUAAUGAUAUCUCUUUACCGUAAUUCUCAAUACGAGCUACCUAUCCAUCCUUGUCAAUAUAUAGUUGUGACUGAUAACGUAGGGUCUCUUAGGUUUAAGGGUUGACAAUAAUUUUCAUGCAAAAUGAUUUGAUCCUCCUCCUCCUCUAUUUUUAGAGUUUGGAUAGAAAUAGUGAUACUAUUCGCAAUAAGUUGUAAUUUAUAAAUAAUUUAUGCUAGGUACAAGUUUAAACUAUUUUUCCACUUCCAUUUUUCCCCUGUUCUGUAAAUGCACUAUAUAUUUGUCUUGCGUUUUUUAUUACAAACAUGUAUCUCUAGUUUACUGGAUGUAUGCAUAUGAAUACUUAUGACAUAAAUUUAUCCAAGUGCGUAAAGUAAAUGACAUGCUAAAUAUAUAUCAAUCACCUCCUUCUUUUCCAUUUAUUCCACGUUACAUUACUACCGUUUGUGACUUGGUAAUGGAAACAAUGUGUAUCUACAUACUUAUUUUUAUCGCAGUCACUUAAUAAAGAUUGAAUUGUUACGUUAGGUGAUUUUAAAUAGAUAAAUAAGCGAAAUAAUAAAAGGUGCAAUGCAAACAGAAAAAA